AUGGCACCUGAGAUGAAGGCCUCGAUCCACCGCUUCCGUCUCCGCAGGUCAUCCCCGCCUCCGCGCGACGUUGGUCGGGCCCGGUCCGCUUCACCUCCAGCAUCGGCUGACCAACAAGAAGCCGGACGGCAUCAAACUGCUACUCAGCAGGCAUCUGCCGGUCGGAUUGCAGGUGCAAGAUCCACGCCCCCAGCUUGUGAUCGCUGUCGCAGUUUUAAAAAGAAGUGCAGUCGCACCUUUCCUGUUUGCUCUCUUUGCGCCGCCGCUGGUCAGCGUUGCUCGUAUACCAGCCCGAUAGCCAAUGCUGAGGCUCAGAUACACCAACUGCGAGCCCGGGUGCAAUGGCUUAGCCAGUAUAUUGAUCAGAACAUACUGCCGCCAGGUUCACAGGGUGGAAUAGAUGGGAUCAAGACAGGCGCUGAUCUGGUGAGCAUACUCGGUCGAGGACCACGGGCCAAUGUAGGAAACCUCGCAAACCAAGAGGCUACGUCCUCUCCUCUCUCAAGAGUGCCGGGUCCAAACACUCCUCCGGUAGAUGCCACGACGGCUCUACCUGAAAUACGCGUGGAAGAAAGGGAUCCGGGCAGUGUGCGAACCACCAGUAGCCACUUCUCUUCUUACCAAGGAUCAACUGAGGGAUCAGUUACACGACGAAGGUUGAUCGCCCGGCAUGCUCUGCCUUUAGAUAUCGCACCAAGCUGCUUUGUCGAUGCGUUCUUUCGUCAUGUGAACAGGGCGUAUCCUUUUGUCGAUCAGAUGAGGAUGCGGCGGGAUCUUGAGACGCUGGGAGAUGCUUCGCCGGCAGAUCAAGACCCGCCUAUGACAUUGUUGUAUCUGGUCAUGGCAAUUGGAUGCACAUCACUCGUGCGAGCUGGACAAAUUCCAAGCGACACAGCACGACAGUUCGAUGUAGUUUAUCCAGAUAUCAUCCAGGAGUGCCUCUGCAGUGAGAGCAUCGAGUCAGUGCAGAUUCUUGUUCUUUUGGGACUAUACUCUCUUUUCGACCCGGCAGCGACGUCUGCGUACUUUAUCGUUGGUAUCGCAGCACGGCAAGCUAUGGUUAUUGGCCUCACUCGUCCAGACGAGCAGCCACGGACAGUGGUGGAGACUGAGCUCAGGCAUCGGCUGUAUUGGAGCAUAUUCGUCCUAGACCGUAUGAUGGCCUCAUCUCAGGGCCUUCCAGCAGCUCUCACGGACGAACAUGCAAACAUUCCGCUCCCAGGCCUCACAGUAGAAGAGUUUGCCAGUUCAGACAGGGCUACAUAUGCUCGUAAUCUACAGACCAGUCGGCAUAUCAUUCAGCUUCGGCAAUUAGAGUAUCGAAUAUUGGAAGCUGUGCAUCUUCAGCGAGACACCGAAACCUCGCGCCUGGCACCUUCUGAUAGAGGAGCGAUAUUGAAGAGCCUGCGAGCUGAGAUAGAAGAUUGGUAUAGCAGUGGCUGCCUUAUGUCACCAAUGGAGGCGGACAACUUGCCUAUACAUAGCAGCAUCACCUGGCUGAGCGCGCAGUAUUAUCAUUUGCUUAUCUUUCUCUACUUUCCUAAUCACUUUAACAGCUCAGCUUCACCGCCAGCUGUUACACGAAAAGAACAGCUCGAAUUUGCUAGCAAGCAACUUCAGGCUAAUUCUGCACUUCUUCAACAAAAGCAACUGCCUCUAAACAGAGUAUCAUUGGGUCGGUUGCUGCCAAUAGGGUUGGUGUUGAUGUCUGGCUUCAUGGCUAGUCAGGGGCAACCAUCUUUCGUAGCCCAUGACGACUUCACUAUUCUCAUCACGCUCCUGGAGGCAUUUCCCAGAGGCUGGACAACCGCACAAGAGGCAGCCCAGAUUAUGCAGCAAUUUGUGGACGUUAUAACAGGACAAGGGGUCACAACGUUCUUUGGCCCAGCAACCGGGGAAGCGAUAAACGAGAUAGCUAGACCAUGCAUCAUCAGCUUCACGGGACUGCUCCAUCAGUUCCUAGGCAAGGCGACGUGUUUUCAGUCGGUCACGUAUGCUCAAGAGACGCAAGACAUUGAAGGGAUGGCGCCGAUCGACUCUGCAACGCAGCAACAGUCGUCAACUAACACGUUGUGGUUGAACGGAGUAGAGCCAGGCACUGGUGUAAACGAGGAAGCUGUACUAGGAUAUGGAUGGGGUUCAUGGGAUCUUGAUUUCCUUUGA